UUGAUGACAGAGAUACCAAAACCAGGAUGGAUAGCUAGCUGUACAGAGACAGUUCAUUUUUAAACAUCUUGAGUUUUCACAUGGAAAUCCAAGAAAUGUUUUUAAAUUUUUUAAAGUAUUUUAGAGAGGCAGAAGUAAGCGCCACACCUCGAGCCUGACAGGCUUCUAAAGCCAGCAGGAUGAGUGUAUGGGUGGCACACAGCGAAGUAAACCCCAACACUCAAGUGAUGAAUAGCCAGCGCAUCUGGCUGGCCUACAUCAUCUUGGCAGGACUGUUGCAUGUGGUUCUACUCAGCAUCUUCUUCUUCAGCAUCCCUGUUGUCUGGACCCUGACCAACGUCAUCCAUAACCUGGCUAUGUAUGUCUUCUUACAUACAAUGAAAGAGACACCCUUUGAGACCCCUGACCAAGGAAAGGCUCAGCUACCGACACACUGGGAACAGAUGGACUACGGGAUCCAAUUUAUCUCUUCCCGCAAAUUCCUCAGCAUCUCUCCUAUUGUACUCUACCUCCUGGCCAGCUUCUAUGCCAAGUAUGAUGCUGUUCACUUCCUUAUCAACACAGCCUCACUGCUUGGAGUAUUGUUGCCUAAGUUAUCCCAAUCCCAUGGGGUUUGUCUCUUUGGCAUCAAAAAUACUGAAGGAUGGGGCUGGGGAUGACAAAGGGCUGUAACAUCUUUUCCUUCUCCUUAUAGUCUUCUUUAUCUUGAAAGUCCGAGAACUAUACAACCUUUCCCAAACUCCCAGGAAGAGAACAGAUAGGAAAAUGGAGGUCCUUGGGCCCAGCCCUGCUAACAGCAGAUUUCUUUGAAUCAGGAAAGGUGGGAAAGAUAAGGGCCAAAUCACUCUCUUCCACAGCAGGAAGCCAUGUUUGGGCAGCUUGUUUGGUGAUUUUUUCUAGAUCUUCCACUCCCACCACCUUCCAUCUCUGUUUUGCCAUGUAUUUUCCUUAUAAUAAAGAUAAUUUUUUU